CCAUAUCAAUCGUCAUCUUGAAGGUAUGUGGUUGAAAAAGAAGUUGUUCUGUGGUGAGAUGGAGAGGCCGAAGAAUGUUUGUUCUCGACGGCGGAUGGGCAGCGUUCUUAAAGAGUUUUCGAAGCCAGGUGCAAUCUGUUGUCGUACCGGAUUCGGUGAGGUAAAGUAUCGGUGACUCAAAGAGUGGAGCCUUGGAGAGAAAGUGCAAGAAUAAAAUGUGAGGGUUGAAGCUUUGUGCAAGUUAGGCGGCUAUGGCGACACCAGCAAUGGCAAAUGUGUGAUUGUGCAAGACAAUGAUGUGACAGUGAAGAUGGUGACAGAGAAGGAGAGAAUGGUGAAAUUCCCUUCUUGCAAUGUUGACGAAGCCGGUGUUGAAGAAGAGAGGUGGACGAUCAGUGUACUGUACUGUACUCUAUGUUGGUCUGGUGGGAAAAACGAGGGAGGAGGUUGCCCAUAUACAAAAACGACGGUUUGGGUUUGCCUGUCUUGGUCCUGCAGCAUGCUGGAUAGUGCAGAUGAGCACUCACCAGGACCGUUUUGGAACAAGCGUGAAAAGAUGCUUGCCUGCCUUUCUCUUCUCUCUGUCUGCCAACCCCAGCCCAGCCCAGCCCAGCACGCUUCAGUCAGUUGCAGUCAGUCAGUCAGCAUGCCCACACAGACAACAUCCACACACACAACACAUCCAUCCAUCCACCCACCGACCCUGGUCCACCAACCCAUGUUGCUCCAUGCCAUGCCCCAUGCUCACGCUGCCCUGGGCCUGACCUGAUGGAGGGUGCCAGGGUCCGAGAGAGAGGUGUGGGUGUGGUGGGUGUGGUGUGGAUUGU